AUGGGGUUGACAGAAGUCAUCGCGGUUAUGAUUGGUCCAGUGGGCAUGCUCGUCGCUGUGGUUAUAGUUACCAUGGUAGUUAAGCUGGUUACAACUGUUUUAGUAGUUAAAGGUGUUAUAGUUAUCAUAGUGGUUACAACUGUUUUAGUAGUUAUAGAUGUUAUAGUUAUCAUAGUGGUUACAACUGUUUUAGUAGGUAUAGGUGUUAUAGUUAUCAUAGUGGUUACAACUGUUUUAGUAGUUAUAGGUGUUAUAGCUAUCAUAGUGGUUACAACUGUUUUAGUAGGUAUAGGUGUUAUAUUUAUCAUAGUGGUUACAACUGUUUUAGUAGUUAUAGGUGCUAUAGUUAUCAUAGUGGUUACAGCUGGUACACUGGAUAUAUCUACCACAGGUGUUAUAGUUGUCAGGGGGGGUCCCAUCAGCCAGCGGGGGGGCAGCGUUGUCUUCGCCGCCAUUAACCGCCUGAUAGCAGAAGGAAGUGUGAAGGCAUAG